ACGUCCUCUCCCGGCCCCCGCAGGCCCAGGCAAGCGCGUGCUACAGAGGAAACCCGUGCACACAGCAAAUUAAGCAAAAACAGAGGGGGAAGUUACGGGGACGGCAGGGGGUCUUCAUGGCAGAAGCAGCUGUCACCUCCAAGGUCCACACUCUGGCUGAUCUACUCAAAGUUCUUAACAGUCCCGAAGGUCCCACAGUCUCCCGAGACAGAACGGGCAGCUGGGAGCCACCUGUUCACGCGCAUGAGUGGAAAAGCAACAGGAAGUCCAACUGUCGCGAAGCGGCCUUGCUGGGGACAGCUGUAGGCUGAGGGUUAGGAACCUCAUCACCUGCUCCGUUAAGCAGGGACGGCCAGGCCCCGGAUGUGGGAAGAGCCGCGCAGGCACGCGGGCCUCGCCAGCCUCCAACUCAGAGCCAGACUCCUGCCGCAGCGGUCUGAGCGAAGGCCCGAGUGUCACCCGGCUCACCGCGGCAAGCGCCACAGCCUCGGGGUGAAGCUGCCGCCGGCCACCCCAGCACCCAGACCGAGGAAGCAGGGCCGGAGCCGCGGCCCCACCCACCGCCCCGCCCCGCCCCGCCCCGCGGCGUCCGAGCAACUGCGCAUGCGCCGAGCUCCGGGACCCGGCGUUCGGCCGCCGCGCAAGCGCACUGGCGCCGCCGGCCGCCCCCGCCCCGCCCCGCCCCGCCCCGCCCCGCAGCCAUGGCCGCUCCCGCGCCGGGUCUCAUCUCGGUCUUCUCCAGCCCGCAGGAGCUGGGCGCGUCGCUGGCGCAGCUGGUCGCGCAGCGGGCCGCGAGCUGCCUGGAAGACGCACCUGCUCUCAAAGCUACCCAUUCCCGACAGCCAGGUCCUCACUGUCAACCCUGCCCUGCCUGUAGAGGACGCUGCGGAGGACUAUGCCAGGAAACUGAGGCAGGCCUUCCAGGGAGAUCCUGUCCCGGUGUUUGACCUCCUGAUCCUGGGAAUAGGCCCGGACGGCCACACCUGCUCCCUCUUCCCUGGUCAUCCCCUCCUACAGGAACAAGAGAAGAUCGUGGCUCCCAUCAGUGACUCCCCCAAGCCACCACCGCAGAGAGUGACCCUGACACUUCCUGUGCUGAAUGCAGCCCAGAAUGUCAUUUUCGUGGCCACAGGGGAAGGCAAGGCAGCAGUGCUGAAGCGCAUCCUGGAGGACAAGGAUGGAGCGUUGCCCGCCACCAUGGUGCAGCCGCGCUCGGGCGCCCUCUGCUGGUUCCUGGACGAGGCGGCCGCACGGCUGCUGUCUGUGCCCUUCGAGAAGCAUUCCACGCUGUAGCGCGGGCAGCAUGCGUGGGCACUCCGGGGCUGGCCCCCGGCCUCCACCCUGGGCUUUCUGGAAAAGCCGCCGGGGGUCGCGGGAGCGGGCUGACUGGGAAUUAAACAGAGCAUUCUGGAA